ACUGUGGCAUUCACAAUAAAUUACACAUGCCAUUUUAAAUGUAAGGAUAACCGUGGAUGUGUUUUCUCGUCUCCCUGUUUUUCAGCCUACUCCGACAAGAUCAAAGAGAUGUCCAUGCUGUCUCUGAUCUGCUCCUGCUUCUACUCACAACCACACCCCAACAGCCUCUACCAAUAUGGAGACAUGGAGGUGAAGUCCCUGAACAAGCGGGCAUCCGGCCAGGCCUUCGAGAUCAUCCUGAAGGCCCCCGCUGACCUUUCUCCGGACAGGCCCCAGCCCCUGCUUUCUGCUCCCAAGAAGGACCUCUCCCCGGACGAGCUCCAGAAGAGGCUGGAAGCUGCGGAGGAGAGGAGGAAGUCUCAGGAGGCCCUGGUGCUGAAGCAGCUAGCUGAGAAGCGGGAGCACGAGCGACAGGUGCUCCACAAGGCUGUGGAGGAGAACAACAACUUCAGCAAGAUGGCCGAAGAGAAGCUUAACUACAAGAUGGAGGUCAACAAAGAGAACCGCGAGGCCCAGCUGAAUGCGCUGAAGCAGCGGCUCCGGGCGAAGGAAAUCCAUGCCGCUGAGGUCCGUAGAAACAAAGAGCUCCAAGCUGACCUCUGUGGUUGAAAACAUUUUCUACAGUUUUGUCAAGAGAUUCUCAUCUGAUGGGUUUUGGUUGGAGGAAAUGCUACUUUUUAAAA